UAGCCAUGCGAUUUAGUUAUCCGGAACUAAUAUUUUUCGUAAUAAUAUGCACAUGUUGUUCCGGGAUAUAUGCUAUAUUUAAUACUGAAGAGUUUGAUCGACGACUAAAUGCAUUAUGGAAAGUUGUAAACUACAUGGCUCACAGAGCAGAGAAGAUGAACGUAGACGCUAUUUUUGGCUUAACUUUAGCAGAAGCACAUAUUAUGGCCACAUUAUCUCACUCAAAUGCACAUUUUAUACAAUUGGAUCAUCGACUUUUUUUAGCAAAUGUAGGAAAAAUUUGUGACGACGCCCGAAGAUUCAUGAAAAAGAAUGUUAAACCUGAAAACAAAGUGGUAGCUAUAAUGAACGAGGCACUAAAUCGUCUAGAACCUUGGAUUUAUCCAAUUGAAUGGAAAAAUGGUCUUCUGGCAAAGCCCAUUUUGCGAAAAUUGAAUAAUACUCACGAAAUAUCCAGUAAACUUUUGAACAGUGGGACACCUUCAGAGGUUCAAAGUGACUACUGUAUUUCAAAUAUGCUGAAGGGAUAUCCCACAGAAACUUGUAAAGUUUCAGAAGAAUGUGAGCUAAUGUUAUUAAGAAAUGAUAAUCCCCAAGGAUAUGCUCUCACACAUAGGCUUCUUUUGGUUUGGAUCGCAAAAGCCUUUCAUUGUCAAGAGUUAAAAUUAACUACCUACAUAGAGCUUGCUUCUGAGUACUGUACUUUGAUUUUACAAAAUCUUAUCGAUAUCGAGAGUCUGGAAUUUCCUCCUCCUGGAACAGAUUUAGCUUGUGAAGAAGUCGUUAUUUGUGGCUCUGAAGGGUAUCUCGAAUUCUCCAAUGACUAUUAUGCCAAUUUAAUCAUGAGUUGGCAGCAGCCAGUGGGCUGCUUUGAUUCGCAAACCACUCUCAGAUCAGAUAUUAAAGAACUCGAAAUCGCUUCCUGUAUGGAUGCAAAAUGCUUAUGGAAUACUCCACAGGCGAAAUCAUUGUAAAAUUAUGAGCCAGCUCCACUCCGAAAUCAUGAUUGUUUUACGAAUGCCUUUGAUAAAGAAUAUGAAAUGAACGUUGAACCAGAUGAUGUAGCGACGAUAAAGGACUUGCUUUAUAAUUGCAAUAUUGAUUCCGCACUCACGAAGCACAUGUAGGAUUGAUUUUAUUGAAUCCUUUGUUAUUUCGUAUUUUAUAUAAUGCUUUUUUGUUUUAUAAUUUUUAGAAGUGUAACUUGAAAUUUCAAGGAACUUCCAAGCCCAUUGCUUGAAAUCGUUAUUAUUGUACAAUUGUUCUACAAACAUUUAUUUUUUUAAAUUUUGUAUCCUCAUCAAAUAUUCUAUUAAGAAUGGACGACAUGCACCAGUAGAUGUCGACGUAGAGAAUUAUAAUUAUAUAACGACUAAUUCUUCUAAGCCUAACUGGGAAAAAAUCGAUUAAAUACUUUUAUCCUAAACAUUUUAAAGCAACUGUUCAAAUGAAACAUGGUAUUGAAAAUGAAGAACGUGCUCGUCAAGUUUAUGCUGAAAAAAAUACCAACUUAAAGUUGUGAAAUUUGGUUUAAUUGUUUCUCCUGAGAAUCCUUGGAUAGGUUACUCUCUCGAUGGAAUCAUUUUCAAAGAUGAAAAACCUGAAAAAUUGAUUAAGAUAAAAUGUCCAUAUUCUGGAAAAUCAAAAACAGCUGAAGAAAUUAUUGGCGAAUUAAAUUACAUUAAAGUUCCUGAAAGAACCUUAAAAGAAAAACACGCUUACUACGCUCAAGUUCAAUUGGAGAUGGCUCUUCUAAAACUUCCAAAAACAGAUUUUAUAAUUUACGCAUCAUUUGACGAAAUUUCAUCGUAAUACCGAUCGAAUUAAAUUUAUCUUACGUUCAAAAACUAUUGUCUGGGAUAAAACAAGUUUAUUUCCAUCAGAUUAUUCACCAUGUGUGCAUUUGCGAAGGUUUAUAA